AUGGCCCGCACGAAGCAGACGGCGCGCAAGUCGACGGGCGGCAAGGCGCCCCGCAAGCAGCUGGCGACCAAGGCGGCGCGCAAGUCGGCGCCGGCCACCGGCGGCGUGAAGAAGCCCCACCGCUUCCGGCCCGGCACCGUCGCGCUCCGGGAGAUCCGCAAGUACCAGAAGAGCACGGAGCUGCUCAUCCGCAAGCUCCCCUUCCAGCGCCUCGUCCGCGAGAUCGCGCAGGACUUCAAGACCGACCUCCGCUUCCAGUCCUCCGCCGUCGCCGCGCUGCAGGAGGCCGCCGAGGCCUACCUCGUGGGGCUCUUCGAGGACACCAACCUCUGCGCCAUCCACGCCAAGCGCGUCACCAUCAUGCCCAAGGACAUCCAGCUCGCGCGCCGCAUCAGGGGCGAGAGGGCCUGA